AUGACCCUAGAGCAGAAACCAGCUAAAGGCACAAGCCUAACAGAAGCUCUUACAGUGGAUCGACAUGCUAGCUCAGCAAAAUUUCUAAGGAGUUACAAAAGAGUGAAGACUGUCCAGACGGCUCUAUCGAGAAUCCUAGCCGCGCACACCGGCCGAGGGAACGAACUCCGCGAUCGGCCAGCGCACGUCCGCAUCUCGGCCAAGUCCACGGCCGAGCUCACGUCACGACCCGGGAAAGCAAGUCCCGCGGUCGGCCGUUCCAGCUCGCCACCACAAGCCGCGCACGACCGCGCGCGCGAGCCGGGAAGCAAAGCCUCGCGGCCGCGCAACCCGUACCACGGCCGACCAUCCGCCGACAGGAAGCACGUCCCGUCCGGCCAAGUUUCAUCGGCCAAAUCAUCAUCCGUCCGACCACGCGGCCGACCACGAACAUCCGGCCACGACCGUUCGACCGACGAUGGCCGACACGACCGAUGUCCGGCCGAUCGUCCCGACCGACCGUCCGAACGCCGCGGUCGACCCGAAGCCCGUUUUGAAGCCCGUUUCACAUUUUCAAGCCCGGCUUAA